AGAACCUUACCUCGAUCGAGCGAUUGAUUGGCCGUUGGAUCCCAGAAACGGCAAUAAUUAUGAGGACUCUGCAUCCUGGAAAAUACUUAGUAUAGCCAGUCUGGCCAGUUCCAAGUCACCCGCAUCAUCAUAGCAUGUGUAGGUGGCCGAGAGCGGUAUCAGUCGAUCCCUUGUUUUGUAUAUCUAAAUGAUUACCCUUUCGAUUCUGAUAUUCCAAUUGUAGUGCGAAGACAGGAAUUGAUAUAUCUUGUCGUCUUAUGUGAAAGUAGGUCGCACCUCAACAUUGCAGUGAGAAAGCAAUCACGAUGUUCGAGUGGGCGGGCGACCAAUUCUCCAAGCGCGCUAGUGAGGCGUACGAAGGACUCCAAAAAUCGAGUCAUAACUGCGCUUCUGCAGUUAAGUUGUACGGGAGCAAGCUUUCUUCUCAGGGCAUUUCUAGGGAAUCCGCAUAUUCUGCUGCCCUCGUGAUUUUGUUACUGUCCACAUUAGUAACAUAUAUUGUUCGGAGGCGGAACCUCAGCAAAAAUGCUGCACGUCCAUCUACACCCACCACACCAACACUCGAAAAAGCAACAUCGGGCGCCAAAUAUCAGGGACGCGAAUGGGGAAAAUGGAUUCCGUCAGACUUCCGGACUCCUAAGCCAGAGCCGUACCCGGAUUGGUCAGUCGAGCAUACAAAACCCCUUCCGUACAGACCCUUCCGAUACGGUCCUAAAUAUAACGUGACAAUGGGUCUGCGGACGAUGAAACAUCAGGAUUGGAUUGAGCUGGAUAACCACUACCCACGAUAUCACGCAGAUAAGGCGCGACGGAUCAAGGAGCGCGGCGAGAGAUGCUGCCGAACUCAUCCCGAAGCCUACCCGGCCGCCAUCGAACUUCUCGAAGAAUUAGUCGACUACUUACCAGAACGGUACCCAUCAUUGUACAAGCGCACAGCUGUCGGCAUUGACAAUCUCUGGUCGGGUGAAAGCUUCGACAUCACCCAACGACCUCUCCCUGAAGACCCGAUGCAAAUCUGCGCGCGACUCGUGCAAGACGAUCUAGCCAUCAUGAUUGAAAGGCCGGACAGCCAGUACUACCUUCUUGCAGGCGCGGUCCUGCUCGCUGGAUUUUGGCGACUAGAGGACAAAUACGGAAUGGUUAUGUCAGAGAUCCACACAUCAGGUGAUGUCCCGCAAUUCAAGGAGAAGCUGGAAAAGGGCAUGAUGAACUUCUUCCGUCGCCUCAAGCCGGAGGAGAUGGUGGCGCGAAACAACUACUUCAUGCAGGUCGACGAUGACCUAGCCUGGUCGUGGAGCAUCGGAUCCGAGGACUCGGAAGAUGUGAGCUGGAGCACCGCAGAGAAGAAUCGGGCUAUCGAGCACCAUUACUUCCGCUCCGAAAGACAGAGUCUAAGACGGUUACCGAAGAGUGGGGGUAUCGUGUUCACGAUCCGCACUUAUUUUCUCCCGGUCACGGAGAUUGUGAAGGAAGACUAUGUGCCGGGGAGAUUGGCGAGCGCGGUUAGGAGCUGGGGUGAUGAUGUUAGCCGGUAUAAGGGUAAGGAGAGGUAUGGAGAAGUUUUGUUAGAGUAUUUGGACAAGAAACAUCAGGAGCAGGUUGAUAGGGGGUUGGAUAUCAGUCGCGAGGAAGAAGUGAGGGCAUAUCCAUUUUAGCGAUGUAUAUCUUUUCCUGUCUACAGCAAGUGUAUUGUAAAGAAAAUGUUAUUUCUAAAUGUGACAACAACAAUAAAAGAUGAAU